AUGACGGAAACACUUUUCAACAAGACUUUACAAGUACAAGUGAAAUGUAAAGAUUGCGAGGACAGGCGUACCAACAUCCGAGUCUGUAUUGAACUCCAGUUGACUAUAAAUCCGGUGCAUAAAAGGGAUUUAGUGGUACGCUUGACGGACGAUUCCGACCUGUAUUUUCUCUAUAACCUUUCCAUUUCAGAAGAGGAUUUCCAAAGCUUGAAAGUACAACAGGGUCUGCUGGUAGACUUUUCAGCCUUUCCACAGAAGUUUAUAGACUUGUUAAACCAUUGCAUCUCAGAACAAGACAAAGACACCCCAAGGUUUUUGCUGCAGCUUUCAUCUCCGUCCUCAGUAUUAGACCACAGCCCUGCCAGUCUGAACAUUGUAGAGACCAAUGCCUUCAAACAUCUCACACACCUGUCUCUAAAGCUCCUUCAUGGCACGGAUGUGGAGAUCAAGAAGUACCUGGCCGUCUGUUUGUCGAAUGUGAAGGAAGAGAACAAGUUACUGGAACAGAAGCUAAGGAGGACAGAGGAGGAUUUGUCCAGGCAGCUCAGCUACACUCAGCAGACCCUGUCAGAGAAGAGCAGGGAGCUGGACAAACUGCGGUCAGAAUGGACGUCCCAAACGACAACCCUGUCAAACCAGCACUGUCAGGACCUUACAGCGGAGCGAGAGAAGGCACUUGAGCUUCAGACCAGGCUCCAGCAGCAGAACGAGCAGCUGCGUAGGGAGCUGGAGACCGCCCACCUGAAGAGCACGCAGCAGCUUCAGAGCAGGCUGGACGAGCUGGAGGCCGCCAACAGGGAGCUCACCGACAGGAAGUACAAGAGCGACUCCGCCAUCCGCGACCUCAAGGCCAAACUCACAGGGCUGGAGGAGGAGUCUCAUCGAGCAAAGCAGCAGGUGCUGUCUCUGCGGAGAGAAAACGGCACGCUGGACUCGGAAUGCCACGAGCGGGAGAGGCUGGUCAACCAGCUGCAGACGCGCGUGGCUGUCCUGGAGCAGGAGAUCAAAGACAAGGACCAGCUGGUCCUCCGCACCAAAGAAGUGCUGGAGGCCACACAGCAGCAGAAGAACUCCAUUGAAGGAAGUGCAGAAAAUAAACAGCUGCAGAUAGAAAAGCUGGAAGCCACAGUGAAAUCGCUGUCUGAAGAGCUCAUCAAGGCGAACGCGAUCAUCAAGAAGCUGCAGGGGGAGACGAAGGCGCUGGUGGGAAAGAUCAAGAUGAAGAACACGGUGACGGUGUCGCAGGAGAAGGUCCUGCAGGAGACGGCGGAGCGGCUGCGCGAGGAGCAGAGGGAGCUGCAGGAGACGCGGCAGCAGCUGAAGCAGAGAGAGGAGGAGGUUUCAAAACUGCAGGAGCAGUUGGAAGCCACGUUCCAAAAGUUAGAGGAAAGCCGAGAGGUGCUCAAAACCAACGAGAAUGUUAUCACUUGGUUGAACAAGCAGCUGAACGAGACCCAGCUGACUCGGAAGCAAGAGACUGUAGGAGCGUUUGAGACUCCGCCUACCCUCUCGUCCGCCGCAGGGGUGCGGGUGGGCGGCUCCUAUAACACAGCGGCUUACCCCGUCACCUCCACGCUAAACUCCAAGCUGUCCUUCCCUCUGUCCUGUGUGGGCUCGGGCGCUCGGCCUGCCUUCACACUGCACAACCAAGGCUCUGGACCCAAGGUCCAGUUUAACCCACACAGUAAACCUGGUCUGUCCUCUGGGGAGGUGGGGGACGGGAGUCCAGAACAGCACACGCGCACUUCUAACAAAGAGAACGGGGAGCCCCCAGGGCUGGAGUCGAAGUACUUUGAGAGGCGAGACGACAGCAUCCCCCUGCGCGGCCUCCUGCCCAGCAUGCACUUCAACAGAGAUAUGUCCAAGGCGUCUCAGAACACCGGCCCUGUGAAGCCCGGGCUGCACUCCGCCCCCUCCGCAUACUUCCCAGGCUGAGACACCCGAGGAGCUUCCCACGGACCCCACUCUGCACGAAU